GCGUUGAAUUCAUAUAAAAAGCAUCUUUAGCUUGUGAACAAAGUUUAAUCAGUUAAAAAAGCUCGACAAGUUGACAACGGACAGCCGCCUUAGACGAUUAGACGAGAUCGCGCGAUUGCAUUGAAAACAAAACAAAAAAAAAAUUAAUAAAAACAGUUGAAAUAAAAAAACGCGAAAAACGACGAGUUGCCGAGCAUAAAUACACGUUCAAUAAUAGACAAGCGAGUGGGCCUUUGAACGCGCGCGCGCAAAACGAAACGAAACGGUGUGUCAAUAAAGGAGCUGCCAGACACUUGAUUAGCACGGCUACUUGCUGGUGUGUGCGUGUGUGCUUAUUGUAGUGACUUAGUGAUUGCACGGUGUCAACAAAAGACUCAAGCAACGAACUUGCAGUGCAAAAAAAAAAAAAAGAAAAAAAAACGAAAAAACAAAUUUUGAAAAUUUUUUGCGAGUGACAAAAGUGCAACGAAACUGUUAGUGUGUGUAUGUGUGUUAUUUACGCUUGAAAGCUUUGCAACAUUUUCAAACAACAUUUGAAAAGCGUUGGAAUUUCGCACCAGCGCCCAUACACAACCCAAUAUUUUUUUGCGCUUAAUAAACCGAGCUGCAGACAGCGCUUACCUCAAAAUGUGGCACUAUACACCCGCAAUCUGCCUAUGCGCCGCACUCGCCGUCAUGCAAGCAGCCCGUGCCGCACAGCUUCCCAAUUACGUGCCACCACAAUACUAUCACUACCCGACGCCGCGUCAUCCGCUCAACAUACCCGCCAAUGUGGGUCAACAGUAUCAAUUCCAACAACAGUACUCCGCUUACGCGCCGCAACGUUAUGUGCAACCCCAACAGCAGCAACAACAAUACUACCAACAAGCACAACCCUCCGCCAAGGUGACACAGCAAUUCUCCUCGCCUGCGCUGGAAAAUGCCGCCUUCACUUCAGCGCUCACCAGCCAGGGUUACACGUUUGGCGGCAAUAGCCUUGCGGCAGCUUCAGUGUCAGCGGCACGCGCGCUGCCCUCAGCGCUGUCGCUGCCACCAUCCAUUGCGCAGUCGCUUGAGUCCAGCAAUGAUAUUGCAUCGGAAGGUGCCAUUGAUUCUUCGGAUUCUUCUGUAAAUCUGAAACUACCGCUACCAGUGAACAUAGCGCCCAUCAAGGUGCAACCGCUGCCGCUGCAGGCAGGCGCAUCCUUCAGCGACCUGGCCAAUGCGGUGACUUCGUACGGCACCGUUUAUCCGCAGCGCAAGCGCCGCUGAAGCACUUGGCUUAUUUUUAUUGCGCUGCCUCGUGUAGCGCUGGUGCAAAAGAGGCUGGUUAGUUCCGAGCUAAUUUCACACAACUAGCAACAACAAMAACUAGAGCGACAGCAAAGCAAUUUGUUAUUAUGUUUUUUGUAGUGAUUUAGCUACCUAGGCGCUGCUCAUCAUCAAUCACCAGUCAUAUUUUAAGUUCUACGUAGCGGAGCAGUGUUCUGCUCUGCCGUUAAUUAUAAGUAACUGUUAAAUUUAUUGCUAACACGAUUGCCAACACAUACAUACAUACACAUUCAAUAGAAAUGCUGACGUUGCAGCCAAAAUUGUGCA